CCCGCCGCCGCCCUACGGCGGCCCGUGAGGUUCGGAGACGGAGGGAGCUGGGCUCAGCCCGCCGAAGUUCUGCCCUGCAGCCGCUGCUUGGGCUGCGGCCUGUCCCCGCGCGGCGUGAGCGCGAGCCGGGCCCGCGCAGGUACCUCGGGGCGGGGGCUGCGUCACCUGAGGGAGCGGCGCGAGCCGGCCCCGCGCAGGUGCUGGCAAGGGUCAUCAUGGUGCGCCUUGCUCAUCUCCUUAUGAAAAAUUAUCAUGGAGGACAUGUCGCUAUCCGAUUGGCACUUGGCGGCUGUGCCAACAGACCCUACUUCCGUAUAGUGGCCGCACAUAACAAGCGAGCACGGGACGGCAAGUAUUUGGAGCAAGUGGGCUGCUAUGACCCACUCCCAAAUAGCCAUAAUGAAAAACUUGUUGGCUUGAACAUCGAGAGGAUCAAACACUGGAUUGGUUGUGGAGCACAUGUCACAAAACCAGUUGAAAAACUUCUAGGUCUUUCUGGAUUUUUCCCAUUGCAUCCUAUGACGAUCACAAAUGCAGAAAGAUUAAGGAAGAGAAGAGCCUUGAAGGCCGAAACAGCUUCUGAGGAAGAAACUCCAGGUGACCAAUAACAUUUAUCUGAACUGAAUUACUCAAAAGAUUACUGUACAGACAACGAUCAGAACAGGGUGCCAACUAAAAAGGACAAUAUACGUACCACAGGCAAAAACGAUAGUGGAUGUGAAUUAUUUCGUAAGAACAUUAAAGUAUUUUGAGGCUUUAGGAGGCCUCAGACAAGGA